ACUAAGCUGUUGGUUAGAUUCAGAAGUUGCACUGCAAUAUCUGAGAGAUACGACACAUAUUACAUCAUUGAAUGGAAAUGUCGCACAAAUAUUGAGAAGAUAAGUAACACCACAGUCCUCUCAUACCGACCGAGUAAUUAUACAGAUUUUACAGGUUUUUACAGCUCCACUUCCUGUAGUCCUGCUCAGAGAGACAGGUGGGACCUGAUGUUAGACAUGUCGCCUGAGGAAGGGGGAGGCAGUUCCUGAUGGCGGCGGUGGCGUUGCGCUAUGUCAGCGGCCGUCUCCUUUGCGGCUGGGGCCCUUUGCUCUGCCUGGUGCUGGGCUCUCUGGUUGCUUUGCUGUUGCCCUUGGUGGGAGUCGAGGAGCAAUGCUGCGCCUCCCUCAGAGGCCUGGCCCUUUUGCGGUGCUAUCUGUGGGGCAGCGCCCUCCGCUCCGCGGUUCACUCCACCAGCCUCACCGUCCCCUACACGGCUUUCGACCUUCUGCCCCUUAAGCCCAAGCCUAAUGCAGAGCACAAGUUGGAGGCCAAAGCAGCCCUGCAGCAGGCUCUCGAGAUGAAGAAACAGGGUAAGAGGGAGAAGGCGCACAAGCUGCUAGUGCAUGCACUCAACAUGAACCCCGACUUUGUGGAGGCCCUGACGGAGCUGGGAACCAUCCUGGAGGAAGAGAAGGAUGUCAUCCAGGCGGACCACCUAUACACCAAGGCCCUGGCUAUUUCCCCCUGCAACGAGAAGGCCCUGGUGAACCGGGACCGCACCCUGCCUCUGGUGGAGGAGAUUGACCAGCGACACUUCAGCGUCAUCGAUGGCAAAGUGCGCCGGCUCAUGUCCAUCCCCAAGGGCAACUCCGCCCUGAAGCGGGUGAUGGAGGAGACCUACUACCACCACAUCUACCACACGGUGGCCAUUGAGGGCAACACCCUGACGCUGUCAGAGAUCCGGCACAUCAUCGAGACGCGCUACGCUGUGCCAGGCAAGAGUCUGCAGGAGCAGAACGAGGUGAUCGGGGUGGACGCCGCCAUGAAGUACAUCAACACCACCCUGCUGUCCCGCAUCGGCUCCUUCACCAUUGGCGACAUCUUGGAGAUCCAUCGCCGCGUCCUGGGCCAUGUGGACCCCGUGGAGGGUGGCCGGCUGAGGACAAACCAGGUGUUCGUGGGCCACCACAUCCCACCCCACCCUCAGGACCUGGACAGGCACAUGCAGGAGCUGGUGCAGUGGCUCAACUCAGAGGAGGCCCUCAACCUCCACCCGGUGGAGUUUGCUGCCCUGGCCCACUACAAGCUGGUGUAUGUGCACCCCUUUGUGGACGGCAACGGCAGGACGUCCCGGCUGCUGAUGAACCUGAUCCUCAUGCAGGCAGGCUACCCGCCCAUCACCAUCCGCAAGGAGCAGCGCGCCGAGUACUACAACACCCUGGACACGGCCAACGAGGGGGACGUGCGACCCUUCAUCCGCUUCAUUGCUAAGUGCACGGAGAUCACCCUGGACACCCUGCUGAUCGCCACAACGGAGCACGCCGUGGGCCUGCCCGAGGCCAGCCACCAGCCAUGCCCUGACUGCAAGCAGACCAUCCCCAUUCACAACUGAGGGUCCAAACACAUACAUGCGCACAACUAUCUCCUAUUUCCCAGCUCUUGUGAUUUCUUGACUUGCGUUGAGUUCCCAUUUUUCUACUGUCAUUGCAGCGGAAUGAAUGCAUGGAUGUUAACAUUCCACACUGAUUUCACUCGGUCCGACAAAUUGCCAACGUAAUGUGAAUUUUUCCAUAAAUUUCAAAGGUCGAUGAGUGACCCAUGAACAACUGACUGUCAUCUUGAUACGGUAAUUAACUCUGCCUGUCUGCUGUGCAUAUAUUAAUAGGGUGUAGUCAUGUGUGAAGGGGGAUUUUGUAAUGAGGUUUGAUUUGGUUACUAACAAUUUUAUGGAAUUAGUUGUUGUGAUUACUCACAAAGUGAGAACAGCUCUGCAUACAGUGUCAAAUUCUGGGGGAUAAAUCUGUUCAUUUUUGUAAAGGUAAUUUUUUUUUAUGAAAAUGACUAAGCAUGAAAUAUUAGAUGACAGUAUGGGAAAAGAUGUACAUUUAAGAAGGUGUUCUUUGUAAGGUAGCUUUUAAAGACAUGUCACUCCUUGUAAUACCUCUUAUCAUCAUUUUGGAAUAUUGGUGCCAAGUGACUCAAGGCUGUUAAAUGAAAGGCACAUAACAUGUACUUGCAUAGCUAAGGGAGGAUUUCUUCCUUUUGUCUAAAUUCGGCUCAUUCGAUCAGACAUCUGCAGCCCCUUACUUUUACAGCGAUAAGCUGAAUCUAGUAAGGGUGCUCUGGUGUGAUCCUGAUCUAAUCUGUGUUCCUCCUGGUCCUGGGAAUGCCAUUGUAUCCUAAUGGCCUUCAAACCAGCUUUGGUUUUCAUUGUUGUGCCACAUUACUCCCUUCAAUUAUGGUCUGUGAUUAACACUGGUAAGCACUUUCAUAACUAUUUAAAAGGGGUCAUCUUAUUUAUUUUAUUACAAAAUAAAACUAUUUUAUUAGCAUUUCUCCCAGGUUUGUCACCGGUGUUUUUUGAUCCCAUGGUACUACUUUUUUAGCUAUCUAAUCAAGCAUAUUCAGAGUUACCCUUGGUUGGAAAGUAAAAAUGUCUUGGAAAGGAAAUCAAAUGGAAAAACUUUGUUAUUCAUAAGUCAUGUUGCUAACAUGGACAUAUAGCCACUAU